AUGGAUACAGCCACCUCAUUAGGAUGUGCCUCUAGAGGCCCUGAUCCACUCUGCAGGUACAUUACAGACCAUGAUCCAAAGUAUGAAGGGAAGAAGAAACUCAAGAUCUCAGGCAGAGAGCUGGUGUCAUUUCCUGAGCAGGUCUUUGGCUUGCACCAGUUGCAGGAUCUAGAGAUGAGCCCAGAAUGUGAGAGCUGCCUGAGGUACCAGAUGGACCUGCUGCCCCAGGACAUCAGCUGCCUGCAGCACCUCACCUGCCUCUACGUGGACUCCAACAACCUGAAGACAAUCCCUGCUGAAAUUGGCAAUUUGAGUCACUUGGAGAGGCUCACUCUGAGCAACAACAGCCUGAGCUCACUGCCCCCAGAGAUGGGGGCACUCCAAAGGCUGUGCAGCUGCCACCUUGCCAACAACAGCCUCACUGAGCUGCCUGCACCCCUCUGCCAGCUCAGGAGCCUCACAUUUCCGGAUAUGAGUGACAACAGAAUAGGCACAGUCCCCUCCAGCAUUUGGCAUGUGGAAAAACUGGAGACGUUGCUGUUGCUCUUCAACUCACUGGAGGGUCUGCCUGAGGAUGUCUGUCUUCUAAGGAACCUGCACACACUUUGGUUGGGAAACAACCAUCUACGGUCCCUUCUGGCAUCUUUUGGAGAGCUGGUGAACCUGGACUGGGGAUACAACUACUAUUCAUGCAAUUUUGAAGGGAAUCCACUGGAAUGUCUUCCCCCUGAACUCUGCAGCAGAGGUCCUGAAAAGAUCAGAGGCUAUUUCUUGUCAUUUCAUAGGACUCAGAGAAACUAG